AUCACAAGCAGCGCACCGCAUUCAUACUCUAACAUCCUUGCCCACGGGCGCGUUUCCCUCUUUUCUUUUCUUUUCUUUUCUCUUCUCUUCUUUCCUCUCUUUGCGUACGUUACACCAAAUAAAUUGACAUCUCAAAUGAGCGAGCCCUAAUCCUACGCCUUUUCAUCGCUGCAUCUCCGCAGUCGCGAGUCGCAUCAAACAACCCUCCCCUCCGCCAACAUGGCUAUCAAUCCGCCCGCGGAGUUUCUCAGACCUUUAUGGGCUUGGGCUGAAGCUACGCCAGUUUACAUUCUUCUGGUCUUGAUUAUCGCAUGUAUUGCGCUGGCACUUCUUGAGCUCUAUGUCAUCCUCCAUCUUGUCGCGCCAAAGCCUCGACCCGUCUACGCCUCCGAAAAGACCUACAUCACCAGCCAUCCUACUGACGGACGCACACAACCUCAACCUCUCCCCUGCUGGUACGACCGCUGGCUCGCUGAGCGACAGGCUAGCGAGCAGCACAUCCGCCCCGAUGAAGCAUUCCCUACUCCCGAUGCUGGAAACAUCGAGCCCGCCGAAGUGCGCCUGAGCAUCGUCUUCCCAGCCUACAACGAAGAAGAUCGCGUUAUUCCGACCCUCGAAGAGGCUGUCACUUAUCUUGAUGAACACUUUGGCCGAACCAAACAAGCUGGGCCUAGCGGAGCGAGUCCCACGACUAAGAGACAUGUGCGAAACGCUCCUAAGGAGGAUCUUGGCGGAUAUGAGAUCUUGGUUGUCGAUGAUGGAAGCAAGGAUAAGACAGUCGACGUUGUGCUCAAGUUUGCCCAAGACAACGGCCUCCAUGACAUUCUUAGAGUUGUCUCACUUGCUCGCAACAGAGGCAAGGGCGGAGCGACUACUCAUGGUUUCCGACAUGUGAGAGGUGAAUAUGUUCUAUUCGCUGAUGCUGAUGGUGCAUCCCGUUUCUCUGAUGCUGGUAAGCUCAUUGAAGGAUGCGAGGAGGUUGUUGAUGGAUCGCACCGCGGCGUUGCUAUUGGAAGUCGAGCCCAUCUCGUCGGCAGCGAAGCCGUUGUUAAGCGCUCGGCUCUACGAAACUUCCUCAUGCGAUCUUUCCAUCUCGUCCUCAUGAUCCUCACACCCCCUGCAACAUCGCGCAUCCGCGAUACUCAGUGCGGCUUUAAGCUCUUCUCACGAGCAUCCCUCCCACACAUCAUUCCCUACAUGCACACUGAGGGAUGGAUCUUCGAUAUCGAGAUGCUUAUGCUCGCAGAGUCAGCACCCGCGACACCAGUUCUUGGCCACGAUGGCAGUGUUAUUGGCACCAGUCCCGGCAUCAAGGUUGCUGAAGUGCCUAUUGAGUGGCACGAGGUCGGUGGUAGCAAGCUCAACGUCAUUCAGGACAGUAUCAAGAUGGCUAUCGGCCUUGCGGUGCUGAGAGCGAGUUGGAUGUUUGGUGUCUAUCGAAGAAGAUUGACAUAGGAUGGAGAUUAAGAGAUCAGGAUAUGAGUGUAAAUGCUCAAUAGUCAGUGAUCAUCCCUCUAGUUGAAUAAAACACACAGAUCAACAAAUUCAUCGUAGCAAAUGAACAUGAAUGGUUCGACUUUCACUCGCAUAGGCCCACAAGGCACAGUAA